UUUAGUAGAGACAGAGUUUCACCAUGUUAGCCAGGAUGGUCUUGAUCUCCUCACUUCGUGAUCCACCUGCCUUGGCCUCUCAAAGUGCUGGGAUUACAGGCCUGAGCCACUGCGCCCGGCCCACCAAACUCAUUCUUUAACCAUCACGCCCUGCACUGUAUCAGGAAUUCACAACAUAAAUUCAUUCAUUCAACACACAUUUAUGAGAGCAUACUAUGCAUCAUGUUGUGCUAAGGAUUAAAAUGUUGAAAUUCAUACAUACAAGGAUUCAUUCAUUCGUAUGUGCAUUCAACAAGUAGUUAAUGAGCUGGCACCACGUGUCAAGCACUAUUCUAUGUGCUGAGGAUACAGAAGUGAACAAGACAGACAGCUAUCAUGGGAAUGAAUGGAGAGGGGACAGUUGAUAAACAAAUGAAUGAAAGUUUAUUUACUAAGAGGUCAUUCCGAAGAGAUCAUGAAUUCAUGGAAAACUAUUUUCUGCUUCUAGUGGCAUGGAAAUCAAGAUAUUCUGAAAUUUAAUGUAUAGUUUUAAGAAAACUGAAAGAAAAUAUAAAGUUUAUCAUUUAUACAUUAGAUACUAUGAACACAAUAAUUUGAGUAGUAGUUACACUUCCAGGCCACAGUUAUAAACUGAUUUUCUGUUAGAAAUAUUUAAAAGUAGAUGUAGAAAACUUACUCUUAAAUAUAUAACAGUUAAAAAAUCCAGCAGGAACUAAGUUAAUUAAAUAGAAUAUUCACCCGUUUUUUUCUGAUAAUUAUACUGUGUUAUGUUUAUAUAUUAAUGCAGUGUAAUAUUUUAGUAUAUAUUACACUCUAGGGAGUCACUGAAAUGCCAGCAAAGAAAAAUAUGGCCAGAGGCAUCUAAGUCAUUUGACCAUGUUUUUAAAAGUUGAUGUUUUGAGAAAUCAUCUAAAUGUGGUGACCUUACCAAAAUUGUUGCUUUUUCUCCAAGAUGUUUGAGAACACACCAGCAGAGUUUGCAAAAUAUAAAAAUUAUGUGAUCAAUGUGGAUAAUUAAUAUUUUUACAAAAGAAUUCUCCAAGUUUAUGAUGUAAAGGAGUUCACACAAAGAAACUAUGAUCAUAUGUGUUCCCAAGAUUAGAGAAUUCAACAGAUGAAUAUCAAGACCUUUGAAUUCGACAAGAAGUUAAGGCAUUUACAGUUGUCUAAUAACAGACUGAAGAUUGUAGCUUGGUAUUCACUGGCAGGUCUCAGACAUUUAGAUCUUUCUUUUAAUGACUUUGACACCAUGCCUAUCUGUGAGGAAGCCGGCAACAUGUCACACCUGGAAAUUGUUUUGCAACAUUAAUACUAUUAUUUGGCAGUGAUCCAGAUUGCUUUGGCCACUAACCUGAAGACAUAUAGAGGCAGAAGGACAGGAAUCAUUCUAUUUGUUUCCUGUUUUGAAACUUCCAUCUGUAUAGGUAAGUGUAGAAAGUCCAAUAUUAGCUCCAGGGGCUUUCUAUAUCCACAAAUAAAAAAAUUGAGGGGUAACUCCUUGAUAUCAAGUCAAAGGUUCACAGUGUCUGGUAAGAAAACAAAUUACUUUCAAUUUUCUUGAAAUCUUCAGGCUAUCAAAAGGAGAUGUGAGAGAGGGUGUUGAGUCUGACCUGACAAUGCGGUUCUUAAACCGAAGGGCCAUUAUGCUUCUCCUCUCUGAGAAUCCUGACUUGCCUCAACAACGGAGAUAUGGCACAGUAGCCAGCUUGGAGACUUCUCAGCCAAUGCUCUGAGAUCAAGUCAAAGACCCAACAUACAGGGUUUUGAGCUCAUCUUCAUCAUUCAUAUGAGGAAAUCAGUGGUAAAAUCCUUGGAAAUACAAUGAGACUCAUCAGAAACAUUUACAUAUUUUGUAGUAUUGUUAUGACAGUAGAGGGCGAGGCUCCAGAACUGCCAGAAGAAAGGGAACUGAUGACCAACUGCUCCAACAUGUCUCUAAGAAAGGUUCCCGCAGACUUGACCCCAGCCACAACCACACUGGAUUUAUCCUAUAACCUCCUUUUUCAACUCCAGAGUUCAGAUUUUCAUUCUGUCUCCAAACUGAAAGUUUUGAUUCUAUGCCAUAACAGAAUUCAACAGCUGAAUCUCAAAACCUUUGAAUUCAACAAGGAGUUAAGAUAUUUAGAUUUGUCUAAUAACAGACUGAAGAGUGUAACUUGGUAUUUACUGGCAGGUCUCAGGUAUUUAGAUCUUUCUUUUAAUGACUUUGAUACCAUGCCUAUCUGUGAGGAAGCUGGCAACAUGUCACACCUGGAAAUCCUAGGUUUGAGUGGGGCAAAAAUACAAAAAUCAGAUUUCCAGAAAAUUGCUCAUCUGCAUCUAAAUACUGUCUUCUUAGGAUUCAGAACUCUUUCUCAUUAUGAAGAAGGUAGCCUGCCCAUCUUAAACACGACAAAACUGCACAUUGUUUUACCAAUGGACACAAAUUUCUGGGUUCUUUUGCGUGAUGGAAUCAAGACUUCAAAAAUAUUAGAAAUGACAAAUAUAGAUGGCAAAAGCCAAUUUGUAAGUUAUGAAGUGCAACAAAAUCUUAGUUUAGAAAAUGCUAAGACAUCAGUUCUAUUACUUAAUAAAGUUGAUUUACUCUGGGAUGACCUUUUCCAUAUCUUACAAUUUGUUUGGCAUACAUCAGUGGAACACUUUCAGAUCCAAAAUGUGACUUUUGGUGGUAAGGCUUAUCUAGACCACAAUUCAUUUGACUACUCAAAUACUGUAAUGAGAACUAUAAAAUUGGAGCAUGUACAUUUCAGAGUGUUUUACAUUCAACAGGAUAAAACCUAUUUGCUUUUGACCAAAAUGGACAUAGAAAACCUGACAAUAUCAAAUGCACAAAUGCCACACAUGCUUUUCCCUAAUUAUCCUACAAAAUUCCAAUAUUUGAAUUUUGCCAAUAAUAUCUUAACAGACGAGUUGUUUAAAAGAACUAUCCAACUGCCUCACUUGAAAACUCUCAUUUUGAAUAGCAAUAAACUGGAGACACUUUCUUUAGUGAGUUGCUUUGCUAACAACACACCCUUGGAACACUUGGAUCUGAGUCAAAAUCUAUUACAACAUAAAAAUGAUGAAAAUUGCUCAUGGCCAGAAACUGUGGUCAACAUGAAUCUGUCAUACAAUAAAUUGUCUGAUUCUGUCUUCAGGUGCUUGCCCAAAGGUAUUCAAAUACUUGACCUAAAUAAUAACCAAAUCCAAACUGUACCUAAAGAGACUAUUCAUCUGAUGGCCUUACGAGAGCUAAAUGUUGCUUUUAAUUUCCUAACUGAUCUCCCUGGGUGUAGUCAUUUCAGUAGACUUUCAAUUCUGAACGUUGAAAUGAACUUAAUUCUCAGCCCAUCUCUGGAUUUUGUUCAGAGCUGCCAGGAAGUUAAGACUCUAAAUGCGGGAAGAAAUCCAUUCCAGUGUACCUGUGAAUUAAAAAAUUUCAUUCAGCUUGAAACAUAUUCAGAGGUCAUGAUGGUUGGAUGGUCAGAUUCAUACACCUGUGAAUACCCUUUAAAUCUAAGGGGCACUCGGUUAAAAGACGUUCAUCUCCCUGAAGUAUCUUGCAACACAGCUCUGUUGAUUGUCACCAUUGUGGUUAUCAUGCUAGUUGUGGGGUUGGCUGUGGCCUUCUGCUGUCUCCACUUUGAUCUGCCCUGGUAUUUCAGGAUGCUAGGUCAAUGCACACAAACAUGGCACAGGGUUAGGAAGACAACUCAAGAACAACUCAAGAGAAAUGUCCGAUUCCACGCAUUUAUUUCAUACAGUGAACAUGAUUCUCUGUGGGUGAAGAAUGAAUUGAUCCCCAAUCUGGAGAAAGAAGAUGGUUCUAUCUUGAUUUGCCUUUAUGAAAGAUACUUUGACCCUGGCAAGAGCAUUAGUGAAAAUAUUGUAAGCUUCAUUGAGAAAAGCUAUAAGUCCAUCUUUGUUUUGUCUCCCAACUUUGUCCAGAAUGAGUGGUGCCAUUAUGAAUUCUACUUUGCCCACCACAAUCUCUUCCAUGAAAAUUCUGAUCAUAUAAUUCUUAUCUUACUGGAACCCAUUCCAUUCUAUUGUAUUCCCACAAGGUGUCAUAAACUGAAAACUCUCCUGGAAAAAAAAGCAUACUUGGAAUGGCCCAAGGAUAGGCGUAAAUGUGGGCUUUUCUGGGCAAACCUUCGAGUUGCUAUUAAUGUUAACGUAUCAGCCACCAGAGAAAUGUAUGAACUGCAGACAUUCACAGAGUUAAAUGAAGAGUCUCGAGGUUCUACAGUCUCUCUGAUGAGAACAGACUGCCUAUAAAAUCCCACAGUCCUAGGGAAGUUGGGGACCACAUACACUGUUGGGAUGUAAAUUGAUAUAACCUUUAUGACGGCAGUUUGGCAAUACUCAUUAAAAUAAAAAAUGGCUAUUCCCUUCAUAUCAGUUUCUGGAAGGAUUUCUAAGAAUGUAUCCUAUAGAAACACCUUCACAAGUUUAUAAGGGCUUAUGGAAAAAGGUGUUCAUCCCAGGAUUGUUUAUAAUCAUGAAAAAUGUGGCCUGGCACAGUGGCUCAUGCUUGUAAUCCCAGUACUUUGGGAGGCCAAGGUGGGUGGAUCACGAGGUCAAGAGAUGGAGACCAUUCUGGCCAACAUGGUGAAACCCCGUCUCUACUAAAAAUACAAAAAUUAGCUGGGCAUGGUGGCAUACGCCCAUAGUCCCAGUUACUUGGGAGGCUGAGGCAGGAGAAUCGCUUGAACCCAGGAGGUGGAGGUUGCAGUGAGCCGAGAUUGAGCCAUUGCACUCUAGCCUGGAGACAGAGCAAGACUCCAUCUC